AUGACGGAACCUAUGGCUUCGAUUGGGCAAUGGUCACCCAUAGCCGGAACAAUCUUGGCAGCACUUGGCUCUCUAUACAUCCUGUGGUCGACUGGUGGCGAUGAGGCUCCCCAAGGGAAGCCUGCGCAUGAUGAUGAGAACUCUGGCUCAUCGCGCCCCAGUCGUAGUAGUGAGCGACGACCAUCUCCGCGACCUCCGUCCUCCGUCGACUGCAACCCCAAACGUAUCUCAGAGACGGGCCUAGGCAUACGUUCAGAGUCGCCUAUUGCUAUGGAAUUGAUCCCGACCAUCACGCAUCCCGGCUCCGAGCAUCCUCACCCCAGUCCUUCCUCUCAUGAUGGUCAGCAAGAUAACACCCAAGCCGAUCAGCCGACAGCUGGCAGAAACGUUGUGCGUAAGUGGCUGACGUCUGCUGGCAACUACUGGGCCGACGCAGCACAUGAGAAGCUCGACACAGAUCAUGUCAGCAACGACGACGACACUCAUAGGUUUCCUGAGGUUCCUGGCGAGAUCCUACGAAAUCCCGAUCUAGAAAGGAUCAGUCGCACGUACAGCAAGCUCCGCGAAGAGAGGGAAAACAGCGUAUAUGCGGCAAGCAUUGCAUCUACAUCAGGUAUCGAGGGCAGUACAUCUCCGCCACCUAUACAGGAUUCGCCGCGUCCCGAUAUCAGCCCUGUCCGACGACCAGAACGAAGGGCUACGCUAGAAGUACCAAAGGAAGUGCAUCGUAGGAGCGAGAGCCAUUGA